UGACACUGACCAAGUUCAGGAAAAAAGACCGCGACAGGGAAGAGAUUAUCGGAAUGAUACGAAUUAACACACUCAAGAUAAAGAGCAGUUCCGUUUGAUAAGACUGAACAGAAAUGUCGCUGCUAAUAUCGACGGGCCGGCGUUCCGUUCCGCGGGUGCUGAUCGUGAACCAUCGCUGUUUUGCUAAACCCGUCCGGAAUUCAGACAACUACGACGCUCUAGCAACACUUCAUCCCGUUACUAGGGACACCAAGCAUGGUUUCAUCGCCCAGGGAAAGCGUGCGCUCUACGGUGCACGCGAUUUUUACCACGAUUUCAUCGGAACCCAGGAAGUACGUGCUGCGCAACAGAAGCUGGAGGAUCUACAGGGGCAAAUAAGUGUAGCAGAAGUAACACGAUCCCAGCACGAGCUGGAGUUGGUCCAGAUCAGAAAACAGAUCGCUGAGGUAAAUGCUUCCCAACACAGUGUCGAUCGUAACGACUCCCUUUACUAUGACUUGACAAAAAAAGAGUUCCUGUUGAACUCCGAGAAAAUACGGCUAACGGGUCUGCUGGACGUGACGAUCUACGAGCUGCAGGUGCUACAGCGUCAACUCACGCAGGCCAUCUUCGAGAUGCAAACAAAGCAAAAUCUGGUGGCACAGAAUGGUCGCGUGGUGAAAAUACUGUUGACCAUCGUUGCCGGUACCUUGGCCUUCUUGGGAAAGGAUGGAUAUGAAAUCUACAGAGAUGCGGACAUUCGAAACUGGAAAAACUCUAUCCAGUCAGACGUGAAAGAGCUGCUACGGCGAACGGAGGAAAAGCCGGUCGACGUUCCUCCCGAAUCGUGGGCCAGUUAUCUGUACCGGCAACCGGGUCGAUUUUAUCGUUACAUGUUCCCGAGUAAGCAAGAUCAGACAACCGAAUCAUGGGGCAGUUAUCUUGGUCGACAACCGGGAAGGCUGUACGGAUACAUGUUCCGCAAAGAAAAGUAAUCCAAUGUGCCGUACGUGAACGUGCAGAAUAUGAUUAUUGUGAUACUGAAGUGUAUUCAAGAAUGAAAAUCGAAAUAACUACUCUUUCACAGAAAUACUUUAUGGAAUACAUUGUCGUUACUCUAGGUAAAAUA